GAGUGAUUGACUUUAUCAGUCCAAGGACAUUACUCUGUUGGAGAAGAGGGUGGUGAACUCCUUCUCUUCCUUCCCUAGGAGCCCGGCUUGCUGGGGCUGGUGGGGAGGGGGCUCUCUGACCCAGAGCGGGCUACUUCACCACCUCAAUAUCAUUAUUUUUAUUUUGGUGUCGGGGUGGUGGGCGGGAAAGGUUUGUGCAUGGUGCAAAAUUUGCCAACUCCACUCCCCAGUUAUUAUUUUAGUUAUUUUUUCUUUGUGCUUUUAGUAGUUUCCUAAAGCAGAUCUGGUACCAGAGCUUCUCCUCCCUCCUCCUCCUCCUCCUCCUCCUCCUCCUCCUCCUCCUUUUCCUCCUCCUUCUUCUCCUCCCUCCUCCUCCUUAUCCCUCCUCCUUCUUCUUUUCCCCUCCUCCCUCAUCUCCCUCUGCAGGAGACACUCAGACCCUGAAAGUUGCUGCCCCUGGCUGUUCCUUCGGGGUCUCUGCGCUGUCCCUAGUCCUUGGCUUUCUACAGCCGCCGCUCCAGCGACUUCUUCCUCCCGCGCCUCAGCCGUCGUCUCCUUCGCCACCGUCGCUGGUGCCUCUGCCGGGGCGCCCUCCAUCCAUGACGAUGCUACUGGACGGAGGACCGCAAUUCCCCUCGCUGGGAGUCGGGGGCUUCGGAGCCCCGCGCCACCAUGAGAUGCCCAACCGGGAGGCGGCAGGGAUGGGGCUCAGUCCUUUCGGGGACGCUUCGCAUGCCGCGGCCGCCGCCUUCAAGCUGAGCCCAGCAGCGGCGCACGACCUGUCCUCGGGCCAGAGUUCGGCGUUCACUCCGCAGGGCUCGGGCUAUGCCAACGCCCUGGGUCCCCACCAUCAUCACCAUCACCACCAUCAUCACCACGCCGGCCAGGUGCCCUCGUACGGGGGAGCCGCGGCCGCCUUCAACUCCACGCGCGACUUUCUGUUCCGCCAGCGAGGCUCGGGCCUCGGGGAGGCGAGUUCCGGGGGCGGCCAGCAUGGGCUGUUCGCUGGCUCGCCGGGGAGCCUGCACGGGCCCCCGGGCAUCGCAGAGCCCCCGGGCUACUUGCUCUUCCCCGGGUUGCCCGAGCAGAGUCCCAGUCACCCGUCGCCCACGGCCCACGUGGACAACAACCAGGUGCACUUGGGGCUGCGAGGAGAGCUGUUCGGUCGUCCUGACCCUUACCGCGCGGUGGGCAGUCCUCGUACCGACCCGUACGCGGCGGGCGCCCAGUUCCACAACUACCCCCCGAUGAACGUGAACAUGGGCAUGAACGUGGCGGCCGCGGCGGCGGCGCACCACGGCCCGGGCGCCUUCUUCCGCUACAUGCGCCAGCCCAUCAAGCAGGAGCUGGCGUGCAAAUGGCUCGAGGAGGCACAGUUGGGCCGGCCCAAGAAGAGCUGCGACCGGACCUUCAGCACCAUGCACGAGCUGGUGACGCACGUCACCAUGGAGCAUGUGGGGGGGCCGGAGCAGAACAACCACAUCUGCUACUGGGAGGAGUGCCCUCGGGAGGGCAAGUCCUUCAAAGCGAAAUACAAACUAGUCAACCACAUCCGCGUGCACACAGGCGAGAAGCCCUUUCCCUGCCCCUUCCCGGGCUGCGGCAAGAUCUUUGCCCGCUCCGAGAAUCUCAAGAUUCACAAAAGGACGCACACAGGUGAGAAACCCUUUAAAUGUGAAUUUGAAGGCUGUGAUAGACGCUUUGCAAACAGUAGUGACAGGAAGAAGCACAUGCAUGUGCAUACAUCCGACAAGCCCUAUAUCUGUAAAGUGUGUGACAAGUCUUAUACACACCCCAGCUCUCUUAGGAAACACAUGAAGGUUCAUGAAUCUCAAGGGUCAGAUUCCUCCCCUGCUGCCAGUUCAGGCUAUGAAUCUGCCACACCACCCGCUAUAGCCUCUGCAAACAGUAAAGAGUCCGCUAAAACCCCUCCUUCCGCAGUUCAGACUAGCACCAGCCACAACCCGGGACUUCCUCCCAAUUUUAACGAAUGGUACGUCUGAGGACAAAAGCAAACACCAAAAACCCCAUUAACUAUAGGACGGACCAAAUGCGUUU